AUGAGCGCAUUGUGGAUUUUCCUGUUGAUUUCCAUCGGUCCGAUGGCAAUCCGAGGACUCUUCGAGUUCAACAAUGUAAUCUGCCUCGUGCGCGACAGGAUGUUCAUGGACUAUGAGUACUGCUACUUGAAGUCCGAAAAUCGCACCUACAAGUACCUCUCGCUAAAGACCAAGAUGUUCCACCUGCCCAUCGACAACUGCCAGACCAGGUUCCAGCUGAGGAUGCGGGAGAACAGGCGGAUGCCGUACAACUUUGAUUUCCAGGUGGACUCCUGCAAGUUCAUGCGGGAGCGCAAGCACGUGAUCGCCAACUGGGCUUACCAGUCCUUCGCCGGCUACUCGAACAUGAACCACACCUGUCCCUACGACCAUGACAUCGUGGUCGAGAAGCUUCCCGUGCAGCACCUGAACAAGAUGGUCCAGUCGUUCAUCCCCGAUGGCAGAUACGUGAUGAACGCCACCUGGGUGAUUGCGGGCAUUCCGCGCACCGAUGUCGUCCUAUACUUCACCAAAAGCUAA